AUGGCGCUGUGCGGCCGCUCCGCGCUCCUCCCGCCGGCCCCGCGCCCCUCACCGCGGAGACCCCGCUCCCCCAGCGCCUGCCUCAGCUGCAGCCGCCUUCGAAACAUUCAGAGCAUCCUGACACAGAGCAGCAAAUCUCAACCUGAUGGAAUCCUCUGCAUUUUAGGGAUAGAUAGCCGAUACAAUGAAGGCUGCAGGGAACUGGCCAACUAUCUGCUUUUUGGCUUGUAUAACCAGUAUAACAAUGACUUUGAAAGAACUGAGUUUCCUGAAGAAGUCCUGGAUGAUAUAAUCAUAUUGAUAAAGCCUGACAGUGUCCAUCUGUACUGUAACCCUGUGAAUUAUAAUCAUCUUCUGCCAUAUGUGGCAUACUGGAGGAACUUGCAUUUUCACUGUCUAACUGAAAAUGAGUAUGAAGAUGAAGAAGCUGCAGAGGAAUUCAAGAUUUCCAGCUUUGUAGACAUGGUUCGGGACUGCAGUCGCAUUGGCAUUCCAUACAGCUGCCAAGGUCAUCUGCAGAUCUUUGACAUGUUCAUUGUUGAGAAGUGGCCAAUAGUGCAGGCGUUUGCGCUGGAGGGAAUCGGGGGUGAUGGCUUCUUUACAAUGAAAUAUGAGUUAAUGGAUGUCAGCGCCGAUUUGUGGAAGACAUACAGCAAAAUGGAUCCUGUUUCCUUGGAGGACUUGCUCUUUGAGGAUUUAAUGGUUUUUGAGCACCAGUGGACCAAGUUUUUUGCUAAUUUUGAUACUGAAAUUCCCUUCAUUCUGGAGCUGUCAGAAUCUCAGGCCGGGGAGCCUUUCAGAAGUUAUUUCAGUCAUGGAAUGAUCUCAAGCCAUAUAACAGAUAACAGCCCUAGCCGGCAGCCCUUUGUCCUGUUCGGUAGCCACUCGACUAAGGAAAACUUGAACUCUGGUAACUUUAAUUUUCCAUCAGAAGGACAUCUUGUUCGAAACACUGGUCUUGGGGGAAGCACUGCAAAGCAUAUGGUAGUGCAGUGUGUAUCUCCAAAGGGACCUCUGGCUUGUUCAAGGACCUAUUUUUUUGGAACCACUCACACUCCUUUCCUGGGAAAUGACACCAAGACACACAAGGAAGCUGAACAAAUUACGCUGUUGUCGCAAAUAUAUACUGCUGUUGUAGAGGCUGUGCUUGCUGGCAUUGAGUGCUAUGCUAAAACUUCCACUGAAUCCAAGGCAAAGGAGGUGGCAGAGCAGAUGCUAAUGUCUGUGUUUGAUACCCUGCAUUUAACCCAACUUAAAACAGCACUGCGCUCCAAAAUCACUUUUCAGAUUCAGGCUGUGAAUAAUCUUGGCAGAAUUACUCCAUUAGAUAAUGAGGACAGCCUGAGCUUGAUUAAAACGGCCUCGAUGAUGGUAUUUGACAUUCCAGACUUGCUCACAGGAAAAGGAUGCUUGGGAUCUGUUGUCUUUUCAGAGUCCUUUCUAACAUCCCAGAUACAAGUAAAAGAAAAAGAUGGCAGCAUUAAUUCAGAAACCAGCCACAUAAUACUGACGGCACCAAUCCCAAGAUACGCUUCUUGGCUGGUUGAAGAUAGUGAUGUGAAACUCUCCGAAAAGGCACAGCAUAUAUUGAAGGAAGACAAAUCUUUUCUGGGCACUUUACUCACUGGAGGUGAUGGAGCGUAUAUUUAUUCUAGCAAUCCACAGGCCAAGCCUACAGAAGGGAAAGUGUACUUCUUUUCAGAUGGCAUUCUCUUUUCUGAUCCCCACCAUGGCAGCAUUUCCAUUUCAAAGAACCAUAUGAGUUCCAUUUCUUUCUACGAUGGGGAUUCAAACAGUAUUGUUGCUGCACUCUUCAUAGACUACAAAAGUUCCUUGCUUCCUCAUCUACCAGUUGAAUUCCAUACCCAAGACAACUUCCUGAUGAUUGCACUUUUCCCCAAAAGAAAGAUUUAUAAAGCUUUUUAUUCACAGGUUUUCUCUCCAUGGCAAAACCAGGCAAACUCAGGAUUAUCUUUAAGGGUUGUUCAGGAAGAAUUCCUGUCUGUGGAUCAGAAGAGAAUGCAUUCCAAUGUUCAGAAGCUAUUUAAUUCCUUGCCUUUUCCUUCUGGGGAAAGAUGCAGGGAGCUGAAACUAGCUGCUGCCCUUCCAGAACUGGAGAGGUUUGUGCAACAUUUUACAGUCAGCAGCAUCAGUAACAAGCCAGUCAUGAGAGCACAUCUUCCUAUUGUACUGCAACAGUCGGACAUCAUUCCUGACAGCAAAGCAGAAAGUGAUAAGGUGGUUAUCACCAUUAUAACGGGUCUUCCAGGGUGUCGUUCCAGUGAUCUGUGUGCUUUUCUGGUGACUUUUAACAAGGAGCAUGGCAGGUGGAUAAUUUAUAGGCAAACUAUGGAUAGUCCUGAAUGCUUCAGUGCAACCCACUUCCAGCGUUACCUCUCCAGUGUCCUGGAGGUUCAGCAGAACCGCCAUGUCCGUCAGGCUGCUUAUGCUAAGAAGAAGCAGCGUCUCUUAGUGGUCCUGCAAGGGUAUACUGAUGUUAUUGAUGUUGUGCAGGCUCUGCAAACUCAUCCUGAUCCAGAUGUGAAGUCUUCUUUCAUCAUUGGAGCAAUUAAUACUUGUGUGGAGCCACUGAGUUGCUACAUGGAACAUAGGCUUCUUUUUCCCAAGUUCUUGGACCAGUGUUCACAAGGCCUAGUGAGUAACGUGGUUUUCACAAGUCACGCCACCGAGCAGAAGCAUCCGCUCCUCAUGCAGCUGCAGAGCCUCAUCCGAGCAGCAAAUCCUGGUGUUGCCUUCAUCUUGGCUGAAAAUGGAGUUGUGACUAGGAAUGAGGACAUUGAAUUAAUUCUCUCAGAAAGCAGUUUUUCAAAUCCUCAGAUGAUGAGAGUUCGGUAUUUGAUGUAUCCUGGCUGGUAUGAAGGCAAAUAUGGAGCCGGGUCUGUCUUCCCUCCAAUGGUCCAGAUCUGUGUAUGGUUUAACCGUCCUCUAGAGAAGACAAGAUUCGUGACCAAAUGUAAAGCGAUUAAAUCAUUGCUCAAGCCGAGUCCUUUCUCUGGAAACAUUUAUCACAUCAUGGGCAAAGUUAAGUUUUCAGAUUCUGAUAAAGUGAUUGAAGUCUGUCACAACACAUCAUCUAAUUCACUAAGCCUUGUGCCUGUUCAGGAGGGUCCAACUCCUCCUGAUUCAAGAGGUGAUAACAGAGACUGCAGCAAUCAACAGGAGUGCUUCCUUGUGUUUGUUGGCUGCUCUCUUAAGGAAGAGGAUAUAAAAGACUGGCUCAGAGAAACAGCAAAACAGAAACCUCAGAGGAAAGCCCUCAAAACCAGAGGAAUGCUAACUCUUCAGGAAAUAAAAAACAUUCAUGUGAAACGCCACUUGGAUCCGCUUCCAGCUGGUUAUUUUUACAAUGGGACCCAAUUUGUGAAUUUUUUUGGUGACAAAAUGGAUUAUCAUCCAUUGAUGGACCAAUUCAUGAAUGAUUACUUGGAGGAAGCCAACAGGGAGAUAGAGAAGUACAACAGAGAACUAGAAGAACAAGAGUAUCAUGAUCUCUUUGAGCAGAAGACAUAAGCAUGUGUGUUGGGUGCAUUUUCUGAAUCACCUACUGUCAGUAACCAAAAAUGCUGUUGUCCUUGCUAGAAACUUAAGUGUAAUGACAGUUUUCAGCACUCCUUUUAAAACUUAAAGAGAUCAUUCCUGUAAGGUUGGCAUUUUAAUAUGGUAACUGCUUAACUGUUUGUACUGUCAGGUUUGCUUCCACUUCACCUUAAUUCCAGACUGUAAAAAGCAUCACUUGGAAUCUCUGGCUAGUAGUGGAAACUUACGUAAAAGAAGAAGAAGAAAAGAAGCAAAACUGUAUUUCCUAAUAGGUCAGAAUGCAAUCAUGGAAUUGGUCUGUCAUGCAGGUAAUCAAAUGACUUUAAUCUCUGGGUGUCCCUUGAAACUUGUUGCACAGGAGCAGUGGGAUCAGUAUGUGGAACUGGGGGAUGUUCCUAAAGCGAGAAAUGGGGGAGCAUUUAAAACACUCGGAAGAGUACCCAGUCCCACAGCUGUUAUGGUGUUCCCUAAGCGAGAAAUGGGGGAAUGCUUCAAAAACUUGGAAUAGUGCUGAUUCCACAGCUGUUAGGUUGUUCCCAAAGCGAGAAAUGGGGGAACCUGUAAAAAACUCAGAAGAGUACUUAAUCCCACUGCUGUCAGGGUGUUCCCAAAGCAAGAAAUGGUAGAAUGCUUCAAAAACUUGGAAGAGUACCUAAUUCCACAAGUGUUAUGGUGUUCCCAAAGCGAGAAAUGGGGGAACAGUUAAAAAACCUGGAAUGGUGCUAAUCCCACUGCUGUCAGGAUGUUCCCAAAGCGAGAAAUGGGGGAACAGUUAACAAACUUGGAAUAGUGCUAAUCCCACUGUUAUCAGUGUCCGACUGUUGUCAGGGUGUUCCCAAAGCAAGAAAUGGGGGAAUGCUUCAAAAACUUGGAAUAGUGCUGAUUCCACAGCUGUUAGGGUGUUCCCAAAGCGAGAAAUGGGGGAACAGUUAGCAAACUUGGAAUAGUGCUAAUCCCACUGUUAUCAGUGUCCAACUGUUGUCAGGGUGUUUCCAAAGCAAGAAAUGGGGGAACAGUUAAAAAACCUGGAAUGGUGCUAAUCCCACUGCUGUCAGGGUGUUCCCGAAGCGAGAAAAGGGGGAACACUUAAGAAACUCAGAAGAAUCCCUUAAUCCCACUGCUGUCACAGUGUUCCCAAAGCGAGAAAUGGGGGAACCUGUAAAAAACCUCAGAAGAGGGCUAAUCCUACAGCUGUGAGGCUGUUCCCAAAGCGAGAAAUGGGGGAAACAGUUAACAAACUCAGAAGAGUACCUAAUCCUGCAGUUACCACAGUGUUCCCAAAGCGACAAAUAGGGGAACACUCAGGGAUCUGCAUUUUUCUGAGACCCUCGUGUGUCUCAUCCCCUCUGCACAGAUUGAACCUGCAGUUGAAAGUUUGGCUUGUCUAAAGCAAAGACAUUCAUAGAUUUCAGGGUGAAACAAGAUUAAGUGGAGAGAGAUCUUGUUUUCUACCCAGUUAUUGGUGUGCUAGAAAAUACAUGGCGUAAGUGCUGGUAUUCCACAACUUGCCAUUGCUUAGAAGCUUAUUUCUGAAGGCUUAUUUCAGCACAAGAAAACUUGAGCAGAGCAAGAGACAAGGGAGAUUCUGAAGCUGAAGAUUUCCUUGUUGUGAAAGUGACUGAUUUCCAAAGGUCAAAAAUACACUUGAAGGAUGGAAAGAACUUGUUUGUGAAGCUUUCAGAAGAAUUUGCACGUCCUAGCAUUUCACUAAACUGAUGCACCAGGUUGUAAGUACUUUACAAGAGAACCUUAAUAGCUACUAAAUAAUAUAAUAGGGAUUCUGGCAACUUGUCCUUUAACCUAAUUUGCUACAAAUUUCAGUGAGAUUUCAUAGCUCACCGCUGAAGGAUUACAAGGUAACCCAGCAGCUACUUAAAGGUAAUUAUUGAAGCCUAUUUGAAUAACCGGAUUAUUGUAGCAUGCUGUGUGUUCAGAAUGUAGUGCAACAGUCCAGGAGGAAUUCUUUAUUUUCAUAUUCCUUUGCCUGAGGAACAGCUCAAUCUGUUAAUGCAACUGCAGCUUUUUAGUCAGAUGUAUGUAAUGCAGUAAGAAGUGGGAUGAGUAAUUCCUUACAGUACACUUAAAAUACUUGUAACAUGUCCAUGCAGUCUCUUUCUGUGGCAGGAAAAUGGGAUUUAACUCCUGCCGCCAAACCUAAGGCUAAAUACAGUUUUAUGCCUUCCUUAAGAGAUGUAUUUUUUACCUUUGGAAUAUGAAAUGGCUGAAAUUUCAAUAACUGAAACACCUUUUAGGUAGACUUUCAGUACACGUUGCUACUAGCUGGCUUGGUGCCUGCGCUGUGGUAGCUGCGCAGCACAGAGGUGGAAUUCCAGGUGCUGCAGGUUGGGAUCUAGCUGUUGAUAAGGUUUCGUUCCUAGCUUUUCCUCUAGAUUUAAGAAGCUGUCUGAAUUUAAGAGUUAAUUUUCGUUUUGAUUUUGCACACCACGAGACUUUAUAAACUACUUGUAUCCUGUUCAAGUACAAUUAAAAGCCAGCGAUUAGUUUGUGUUUCUAGGCUUUGUGGGGUAACCCAUGUUACAGGUAUAGAGCAUCAUGAUAAGGCUCGUGAGUUUAUCUAUGCAUGGCUAUACUUUAGUCUUAAGAUACUGUAGUGCCUGGUAGAUAAGUGUAGCUAGCAGUGAAUUGGGGGGGGGGGCUAGCAAGUGGUUUACAAACUAAGUACAAUUGGUUGCAUGUAACUAUUGAUUGAACCAGGAUUAUUAGAAUAGAAAUUCCUGGUCGUAACACUGCAAUAAAAAGGGGCAUUAGAGAAUUCUUUGCAAAUUCUAGUUCUUUACCAGUAAACUUAGUGUAAACCCAGUGUGCUCCUUUCCAGUACCAGUUAUCUAAUCUGCAAAGCCAUAUUUCUAGACUAGUGGUAUGACUAUGUAACGUCGGAAGAAACACCAGUGGUUGGGACCAUGGGCAUGUCGUCGAUGCUUCGUCUCAACUCCUAAGUCAAUAUCAGAGUAGAUUUAAGUGCAAUUGACCAAUAGAUGAAGAUACUGUAGCUUAUUUUGCUCUGCUGAACUCUUUUUAAGGACUCCUAUUUGUGCAGCUCUCAAAAAGAAACGUUGAAUGGGGCUGAUGGAACAAGUCGUAUUAAAUUAUGAGAUGCCCCAUGAACAAAAAGGAAAUGAGUAUUCCAAAAUUGGCUGCUACUGUGCAAAUGGAGCUGUUCCUUAAAAACUGAAGCAGAAGAGCUCGGAACAAAGGCCUAGUAUACUUUAUACUGUACUGCAUGCUAUAUGGUAAUAGCUGUGUAUUAAGAAGACCUUUCACCAUACUGGUACUAUUUCAAUUCAUAUAUUUUGGUAUGGAAAGAAAUUGAUUACCUCAAUUACUGGUGGGUUGGUUUGGGUUUUUUUCCUUAGUUUUUAACUGUGACUUUAAAACAGGGAAAAAAAGAUACUGAAAUAGUGAAACUGUGACAAUGAUAUCCUUUAAACUUAGUAGUGCCUUGCAGGUGACCCCAUUUAUUCCUGAAGCAUACAAUAAAUGGGUGUCAUGGGUUGUAUUGCUUGCACCCACUUUUUGGUUUUUAAAGGAAAAACAGUCUUGGUGAAAGGACUUAAAAAUUAACCUAGUGAAAGAAUAUUAGCACAAAUGGUUAAACUGUAUUAAAGGAAACUCUUUGAGGACUACAAUGUGUAAAUGCCUGAUGCUGCUGAUCGUUUAAGAGCAGUUGCUGAUUAUUUUGGAGUCCCUUCUAACAAUCAGCAGCACUUUUGUUUUUGUAGAAGAGGGUAACUUUUGUACUCUGGUGGGAGAGUUUAUACUGUACCAAACCCCAUCUAUAGGGUAAUCUGGUUUCCUCACUCGAAGUUAAGGUGAGGAUCCAGAUACUUCUAGUUUUGAAACUCUUUUUAGCUACUGUAAAACUAUUAAAACAAACUAAAAGCACCAUUGCUAAGCCACAAAUGUUUGGAUACACAAGAAGUGCCAUUACACUGUUCCUUUCUGUUCACUGUAUUCUGGGAAUUGGUGACAGUUAUCAUUGUGUCCAGGCAUUUCUGAUCUGGUGAAGAAGUGCUGAGAGUCCUCAAGGGGUUUACGUGCUUUGCUGACCUUCAUGUUAGCGGCUUGUGGUGGUGGUUUUGUUACUUUCCUCACCGAGAAUGAGUGUGAUCAGGAGUUACUGAAGUUAUAGGGAGAACAAAAUGUGAUGAACUUAGGAGAGGAACAUGUGCAACUGGAUUCACGCUGCAAUCUCGGAGUAUUUUACCUUUAAGCUGUGCAAUUUGGUAGUAGUCUGAUUUUACACUUUGCAAUUAACAUAAGGGAUUGCAAGGAGGAUUUAAGUUGCACGUAAAAGUUCCCUAAUAAGUUUUCUUUUAUUAUUAUUAUUAUUAUUAUUUUUAAUUGAAACUUUUCUGAAUUUGCACAGAUUUAAGCUCUGGAAUACAUUUGGUAUUCUUAAAAGGGAAAAAAAAACCCAAUUGCAACUAGUAGAGUGAAUUGUAAACUGUGAGUUGGUAGAACCGCGUUGUUGAUCUAAUUUUAGAUUGUUUAAAGAUGUUACCUCAGAAAGCUAGUGAGAAACUGCUUCGUUUUGACACAAGGGUCAGAUACUCAUGUAACACUUCUCACUUUACAAUGUGCCAAAAUUCACUUUUAUACUAGUUCUCAAUGCUUUAAUAUUUGCAACUUUAAGUUAAGAACUUGUCUUUACAAACACUACUGUAACUUCAGUUCAACUGAAUGGUGUGAUUGAAGCUUUUUGCCUAUUGUAUUUAUUACACAACUUGAUCCAGUAAAUAUAAAAUUACCUUUCCAUUUAUUUUUGUAUUGUUUUACAUGUUUAUACCUGCAGUUUUGUGUGACUUUUACACCUGUAACUCGGAUGUGAUGGAAGGAGCAAAUAAACAGUAUCCAUCUGCUG